AAUUAUAGGGACCUGAUUCCUAAUUGAUGCAAAUUACAAGGGCCCGUGAAAUAAUUUUCCCUUUCCUAAAUCCAGACUUCUGUGAGUUCCCUUUCAUGGCCAAGCUAACGGAGACUCGUCGCCCAAUUUAUUUGUGAAGCAGUGAAGCUGAGUUUGCCGCCUUAUUUGAAUGCAUUUGUCUGUAUUAUAGACAGCCACUGUUUUUUCCCGCAAAGUGACAAUCUUGCUGAGUACUCUUCCCCUGAGAAAUUGAAAAUAGAAUGAGUUUCGAUGCCUCUCGCUCUGCAAAUUCAAAGCGAAGUUUCAGUAAUUCAGCGUCUUCUAAUCGUUCUAAUGAUAGCACCAAAACGAAGAAGAAGAAUGCUAACCAGAAAACCCUAGGCGUAGCUUGGGGCUCAAACUCUCUCUCUUCCUCUCGCUCUUCCUUUCGAAAAUCGGCUUUCUCCGAUUUCGGCAGUUAUAUGGUAGAGAAGAAUCGGAAACUACAUCACCAGUUUGACAACGACGCCUCGGCAUCUUCUCUUGGUGGCUCUAGUUCUGCAAAGCCUAUGUUUAGUGGAGUUUCGAUCUUUGUGGAUGGUUUCACGAUUCCUUCAAGCCAGGAAUUGCGAGGCUACAUGUUAACACAUGGUGGAAGAUUUGAAAAUUAUUUCUCAAGACAUCAUGUAACCCAUAUUGUCUGCAGCAAUCUUUCCCACAGUAAAGCUAAGAACUUGAGAGCCUUCAGUGCUGGGCUGCCUGUUGUGAAACCCUCUUGGAUAUUGGAUUCGAUAGCUGCUGGCAGACUCCUGAGCUGGGUUCCUUACCAACUUGAUCAGCUUGCUGCUAGUAAUCAACCAAAACUUUCAGCCUUCUUCUCACCCAAAAGUAGCAAAAGGUUGGAGGAUGCUUUUACUAAUGCCCUUUGUCGUGUGGAAGGUGAUAUUGAAGAUUCAUCAGUGUCAGUUAGCCAAUCAAAGGAUACAUACUCAACCGGAGUUGAUAACAUGGCUGGAUCUGGAAAGCAAAUGAGCGUUGAACCUGAUGAUAGUGCCCCUGAGAACACUAAUGCAACUACCUGUGAAGAACUAAGUAGUGCUGAUAAUUGUUUUGAAGUGGAACUUGAACCUGUUAUUAAAGAUGACAGAGAUGUGCACAGUGAACUCAAACCUAGUCAUCAAGGACCUGCUACAUCAGCUAGUAGCCACUGCUGCUUAGAUGACCAGAAUUCAAAAGGAUGUCCAAAUUCUACAGCCACUGGACCUUCUAAACAGUGUCAUUCAACUCUUGUAGACCCAAAUUUUGUGGAAAAUUAUUUCAAGAGCUCCCGGCUGCACUUCAUAGGAACUUGGAGAAAUCGAUACCGAAAGCGUUUUCCCAUAUGUUCUAGGUUUAAUACAGAAAGUUCUGAUGUUAGUGCACCUGUUAUUUCAGGGAGGAAAGUCAUCAUCCAUGUUGACAUGGACUGCUUUUUUGUCUCUGUAGUUAUUAGGAACCAUCCUGAACUUCUGGAUAAGCCUGUAGCUGUAUGUCACUCAAAUAAUUCAAAAGGGACGGCUGAGAUUUCAUCUGCAAACUACCCAGCUCGCAGUUAUGGUAUUAGGGCUGGUAUGUUUGUUCGAGAUGCAAAGGCACUUUGUCCUGAUCUUGUAAUUUUUCCUUACAACUUUGAAGCUUAUGAGGAGGUGGCUGAUCAAUUUUAUAGUAUAUUGCACCAGGGCUGCAGCAAAGUUCAGGCUGUAAGCUGCGAUGAGGCAUUUUUGGAGUUCACAGUUGCAGAGGGUGAAGAUCCUGAACUUUUAGCUUCAUCAAUCAGAGAAGAGAUCUUUGAGACCACUAGAUGUACUGCAAGUGCUGGUAUAGCUGGAAACAUGCUUAUGGCUCGUAUUGCCACUAAAACUGCGAAACCAAAUGGUCAAUAUUACAUAACUCCUGGGAUGGUUGAUGACCAUCUGUGUCAACUUCCGAUUAGUGUACUUCCUGGAAUAGGGUAUGUUUUACAGGAGAAGCUGAAGAAGCAGAAUGUUCACACUUGUGGAGAAUUGCGUAUUAUUUCCAAGGACUCCCUGCAGAAGGACUUUGGAAUGAAAACUGGAGAAAUGCUAUGGAAUUACAGCAGAGGAAUUGAUAAUAGACUGGUUGGGUUCAUUCAGGAAAGUAAGUCUAUUGGUGCUGAAGUAAAUUGGGGCGUGAGAUUCAAUGAUAUGAAAGAUUGCGAAAGCUUCCUCAUAAACCUUUGUAAGGAAGUUGCAUUGCGAUUGCAUGGUUGUGCAGUGCAAGGGCGAGCAUUCACCCUCAAGAUCAAAAAGAGAAGAAAAGAUGCCGAAGAACCUGCAAAGUAUAUGGGCUGUGGAGACUGUGAAAAUAUGAGUCACUCUGUGAAGAUUCCACUUGCUACUGAUUGUGUGGAUGAAAUCCAAAGAAUAGCAAAGAGGCUUUUUGGACUUUUCCACAUAGAUAUCAAGGAUAUUCGAGGUGUUGGUUUGCAAGUUUCCAGACUUGAAGCUGUUGAUGCUUCUAAACAAGGUUCAGAAAAGAAUUUUUUAAAGUCCUGGCUUGCUUCAGGCUCCACAAGUACGAGACAAAAGAGUUCUCCUUUAGUUCAUGACAAUCAGAAUUUGGGUCACAAUUCAGGUCAAGCAUCUGGAGAUUCAGAUGGUCUUUCGCUCAAAUAUAGUAAAAUGGUAAAUGAUCAAGCUAGUUCUGAUCGGAUUUCAACUCCACCUCCUCUAUGUCACCUGGAUGUGGAAGUUAUCAAAAAUCUUCCGCCAGAAGUCUUCUCAGAGUUAAAUGAAAUUUAUGGUGGAAAAUUAGUUGAUUUUCUUGUAAAAGGGAAAGGAAAAAGUGAAAGUACUAGCACUUUUCGAAACUUGUAUAUGGAGAAACAAGAAGCUAUGAACAAGGAACAAGAACUUCCCUUUUUGGAGUCGAAUCCUCAAAGCAAGAUGCCAAUAGAAGAAAAGGCAAGGCAGCAUGAAGCCAAGGGAAUUGUAGGUUCAGGUUCAGAAGCUGGAGCCCAUGGCAAGGUUCCUGACAAUUCAACUUUUGAAAAAGAUGAUCUAAUGCCUUCUUCAUUGAGUCAAGUGGAUGCUUCAGUGUUGAGACAACUGCCUGAAGAUUUGAGAAGUGACAUCCUUGAGCAGCUUCCUAAGCACAGGAGUCUAGCUUUUUGUUCCAAAGCUGUCUUGACUCCUCAUAAAGAAAACCAUCUGGAGUCAUCAAUCAAUACUUCUGAGCAUUAUCCAAGAUCCAGUGAUACUGUUUCAAAUGAGGAUGACAAUCUUUGGGUUGGGAAUCCUCCUCAUUGGGUUCACAAGUUUAAAGCUAGCAAUUGCUUAAUAUUAAAAAAACUUGCUGAAUUAUAUGAAAAACCAGGGGUCAAUAACUCUUUAUCUUUUGUUUUUCACCAAAGUAUGUCUGAAUUUAGGCAGCUAGAUCCUGCUUUCCAGGGUUCUGAUGAAGCUAUCAACAUCAUGUGUGAGCUCCUGAAGCAGUAUAUCAUAGUAAAGAUAGAACAGGAUAUUGAAGAGAUUUAUAUUUGUUUCAGGCUUCUUAGAAGGUUUGCAGCAAAGUCACAAUUUUUCCUACACGUGUAUGAAAUAGUUUUGCCAUACCUCCAGGCAGCUGUUGAUGAUCAUUAUGGAGGGAGCUUGCUUAUACCAACAUAGUAAUACUGGAAUAUCUUAAUAUGGGAAACUUUCCUAUCAUAUUCUCCAGUUUAAAUGUGUGAGGUCACAAGCAAGUGUUGCCAUCCAACAUUUACAUCCUGCAGAAUGUGCUUAACUCUGCAAUGUCUGCAGGAUAUGUUCUUAUUUCAUCAGAUUUCUAUUCAAGGUCAAUAUAGGUGUUCUCUUAUUGAAAAUAAUCUUAUUUGAGGACUUGCAUUUCACCAUGACGAGGUUCGUUUGGAUGGAGUUAGACUUGCAAAAGGCAGAAGAUGAAUUAAUUUUCUUACUGGUAAUCAUACUGGGAAGGUUUUCCCAGUCAAAUGAAGAUGGGGAACCUGACCCAGCAACUCUAUUCUCCUCAAGACGAGCUGAUUCAAUUUUGUUUGGAUUGGUCCUAGCCGAUCUAUUGGUCAUCAUCGGGAAGAUGUGUAUAGUGUUAAGAAAAUCAUUAGGUAAUUGACUUUUGAAUUUGGAGCAACAGUUGAAUAAGCCUAGUCACUACUACUGAUUCAGACCGAGCCUAAGUCUUCCCAGAUUGCUCACUAUGGCAGUAUGGCUUUGGACCACUUGGACAUACAAUGAUAGCAAGCAAAACGAAGCAGCAUUUAAUUACAUCAUUUAUUUAGAAUGCCAACAGUGGACUGGUUCAAAGUUCAUUUGCCAGAUCCCAGUCCUUUUCGAACACUGGUUUGUCCAAGCACGCGUUAUGGUGCUUUGAAUCAACACUACAUUACGUGACGGGACUGCCUCAACAAAGGUCUUGAAUAAAUGUUCUUUCAAUUAUUUCAAUUCGCUUAGAGUUGGAGGGAGCUGAAUUCAGUAAUUCAAAUUUAUUUAUUUGGAAAGAUCUUUGUAAUGUAUACUUUUGGUACUUUUAUAUUUCCUUUUAUUCCCAGUCCAAAUAAAAUAUUUUAUGAUA